CCCUCGCUUCAGGCUGCCCCAUUUUAGUCCUGGUUUAGACUAGUGAAGGGGUCCCAGCCCUGUCAGGACACCAGGCUCCAUCAGACCCCAGGACAACCUCCCCCAAUGGGCAGAGAUGGAGCAGCGCGUGGCCGAUUACUUUGUGGUGGCAGGCCUGACAGAGCCCUCCUCCCCCCUCGAGGACCCCCUCCCCCGUGCUCCCCCUCCUCCUCCUCCCAUCACAGACGUUACUGUGCUGCUGCGCUCUCAGGGAGAGGAGCCUCCACCUGGAUACACCUGUGUGGAGACCACGCCCACGGGUCUGAGUGCUGACCUGAACUGUGGAGGUCUCAUGGCUCCUCAGGUGUUCCUCUGCUACAGGAGGGGGCGGGACAAACCUCCGCUCACUGACCUGGGAGUGCUUUAUGAGUGGAAGGAGCGUCUGAAACCCGGCUGUGCCCUGGUACAGACCACACCUGGAGGACGAGUAGCCAGCAUCAGUGGAAACACACCCCAAAGAAUCUACAUUUCCUACAGAAGAGCCACCAGAGGUCAGCAGCACAGCCUGGCUCUAACUGACAUCUGUGUCAUCCAGCCCAGCAAAGGAGAGACAACCCCACACACCUACUGCAAAGUGGACCGCAACCUCAAUUCCACCAUGUGGGGCACUCCAGUUUAUCUAUGCUAUAAGAAAUCUGUGGCCAAAACCAACACUCUGGCUUACAAAGCAGGUCUGUUCUCUCGUUACCCUGAGCAGGAUCACUCCUCUUUCCCUCUCCCUGAGUCGGUCCCUCUCUUCUGUUUGCCGAUGGGAGCGUGUCUGGAGGUGUGGCCUCGUGACACUCACCCCUCCCUCCCUGUGUUCUCCACCUUUGUCCUGACGGCUGCCUCCGGGGAAAAGGUUUAUGGAGCAGCAAUCCAGUUCUAUGAGCUGUUCCCUUUGGAGUGUUUGAAUGAGCAGCAGCGUCUCAAACUGGGCCUCGGCUCAAAGACCUCCAGUACCCUGAAGUGUCCUGAUGAGGGCACUAAGGAGGGCGCUAACGAGGACCAAUCACAGGGUGUCGUCCACACCACCAAAAGCAUCUGUCUGCUCUCCCAUUGGCCAUUCUUCGACGCAUUCAGAAAGUUCCUCACGUUUCUAUACCGAUACUCUAUCUCUGGUCCCCAUGCACUGCCCAUUGAGAAACACAUUUCUCAUUUCAUGCACAAAGUCCCAUUCCCUUCUCCUCAGAGGCCCCGGAUCCUGGUGCAGCUAUCUCCUCACGACAGUCUGAUCCUGAGCCAGCCUGUGUCCUCACCCCUCCCUCUCAGUGGUGGCAGUGUUUCUGCUCUGCUCCUGAACCUGGCUCCAGAAAACGCAGUGACUCUUCUGGUUUUGGCUCUGACCGAACACAAGAUCCUCAUCCACUCCCUCAGACCCUCUGUCCUCACCAGCGUCACUGAGGCCCUGGGCUCUUUGCUCUUCCCGUUCCACUGGGCGUGUCCUUAUGUGCCUCUGUGUCCUCUGGCUCUGGCCGAUGUCUUGAGCGCCCCAUGUCCUUUCAUCGUGGGAGUGGAUUCGCGUUACUUCGACCUGCACAGGCCCCCUCCAGAUGUGAGCUGUGUGGAUCUGGACACCAGUGCCAUCUACCACUGUGAAGAGAAGAAGGCAAUUUCAUGGAAGAUUCUCCCAAAGAAAGCCUGUAAAAACCUGCUCAACUCGCUCCGAUCUCUGCACCAACAGCUCCUGGACGGCCACCCUCUGCCCGGCGACGGCCUCUUGGAGCUGGCCCUCUCAGAUUCAUGGGAGCUGAGCAGUGGACGGAGCCGGGCCUCUCUGGAGCUGGACAUACAGGAGGCCUUUCUCUCUUUCAUGGCGGCCAUUUUGAAAGGAUACCGCUCGUUCCUGCGUCCCAUCACCCAAGCGCCGUCUGAGAAAGCCACAGACGCUAGCUCACUGUUCGACCUGCACGGUUUCCUCCGGAGUCGUGAGAGAUCCCAUCAGAAGUUCUUCUCUCUGCUCACACGCACUCAGAUGUUCAGCCGCUUCAUCGAGGAGUGCUCCUUUGUUAGUGACAAAGAUGCAGGACUCGCUUUCUUCGAUGACUGCGUGGAGAAGAUGGAGGGUGCAGAGGAUUGUCGUUUGAUUGAAGAGGAGGUACAGAGCAGUGAGCACACAGUCUUCAUCUACCCCCCUGAGCUGAGCCCUGGUCUAGGCACAAAUGAGGAGGAGCCCCCCCUGCCCUACAGAUAUGACGGCUUCCCUGUGCUGACCCCAGAGCUCUUUGAUUCUGUGGAUGGCUCCACCUGUCGCUCUCGGCCAAUCACACGCCAGAGCUGUCCCUCAAGCCCUGCCUCUCUGUUCAGGCGCACCAAACAGGAGCUGAAGUCAUGUCAGAGACUGGCCCAGCAGGACUCUGUGGUCCCUGAGCUCUGGUCCAAAUGCCUGGUGCGUCUGUGUUACGGUCUGUGGUUCACCUGUUUACCUGCAUACACCAAAACCUGCCACUCCAAAGUCCGGGCACUUCGAACGGCCUAUGACCUGCUCCGAACCAUGACCAACAAGAACCUGCAGCCCCCUGACGAGGUCUGUUAUCGGGUCCUGAUGCAGCUCUGUGGUCAGUAUGGUCAGCCUGUGCUCGCAGUCAGAGUACUGUUUGAGAUGAAGAAAGCCGGAGUCCUGCCCAACGCCAUUACCUACGGAUACUACAACAAGGCGGUGUUGGAGAGCACGUGGCCCUCCUCAUCUCGGGGCGGAUACUUCCUGUGGAUGAAGCUCCGGAACGUUCUUCUUGGAGUGGCUCAGUUUAAACGCGCUGUGAGGGAUCGCACCCGCAACCCCAGCCCCACCUCAGAUGGCAGCAGCGACACAGAGAGCCACAGUAGUUUGGACAGUUCACCCGAGACCAGAGACGACCCUGGAGACGACAAGUCCAGCACAGGAGACCAAUCAGACCUUGGCUACAACUCUCUGUCCAAGGAAGAGGUUCGAAGAGGAGCAGACUGCAGCUCACGUCGGUUCAAUUUACAUUUGUCAGAGUCGGAGAGUCAGGAGAGGAUCCACCCAGGAGCAUUUAUAAAGAGAGGAAUUGUCCGCAACAGCGCCUCCUUUCUGCAGCCUACAACUACUACCUCCAUGAGUGCAGAUCACAUGGCUGGGCUCUGUUUCAGCACGUCUUUGGAUGAUUUCUGUGAAGUGGAGCAGGAACAGUGUGCAGGCGAGUGGUGUGUGCGCAGAGACAGAGCCAACAGCAGAUCCACAGUCUUGGGUUUAAACCUGAAUCGAGCCGAGACUGACCCAAACAAGAUCAGGCCCAACAUGGCCGCCGAUGCCAGGAUCCUCCGGCUCGGAAAAUCUCAUCCUCUAAAUGACGCUGAGCUCAACGAGGAAGAUUCCAGCGAUGAAGACCGCAACAACUCGGACACCAUCUUUGAUCUGGAGGACAUUGACCUGGAGUCCGUGGCGCAUCACAAAGCGGUCGGACGCAGCGCAAGUUACUGCGGAGUUUCUGUAAAACGAACAGGAAUCGAAACGGGAAGAGACCCGCUCUCUCUUCUUGCCAAAACCACAGAGGAGCAGCAGCGAAGGACAAGCAGAGAAGAAGACGAGGAGGAGGAAGUGGGAGCUGACCGCAGACUCGCUCGGGAGAUAGAGAUGUACAUGGAGCACGUAGGCAGCCCCCGCAGGUCUCCACUUAAAGUUCCUCGCUCGCUGACGUUUCAACCUGACUCUGGCCCCACCCCUCGGCUAUCUCCACGGCAACACAGUCUGAGCCCCGUCCCCAGCAGCAGCCCCUCUCGCAGCAGCAGCCUAGUGUCCCCCCUCAGCUCCUCCUCUUCCUCCUCCUUUGCUCUGGACUCUUUGCUCACCCCAAAACUGGACAUGUUCCGCAGUAGCGUGGUGUCCGCAUCCAGGGAGGUGGUGGACAAAGCCAGCCGCUGGUACCUGCGCCUGUCUGCCCCUGAGUCUGCCCAGGAUGAAGACCUUCCUGGACCCGACCUGGACUGUCCAGAUCCGGACCAGAGGAGAGUCUCUGGGCUGAAGAACGGUCCGACCCUGGGCUCUCCCGGUCUUAGUUCGGGUCUGAGUCCUGGUCUGAGUCCUGGUCUUAGUCUUGGUCUCAGUCCUGGUCUUAGUCGUGGCCUUAGUCCUGGUCCGGACCCGUCUCCCAGGAGAAGCCCUGUGUGUAGUCCCACCACAAAAUCUGCUCCAUCCAACUCAGGAAAGCUCCUUUCUCCUCCCGGUUUCCCAGAACGAUCAGAGGCGUGCUCAUCUCAGUACACCAGUAACACCAGCAUCUUCAGCCAGUAUGCCAUCGAGGUCCUGAUCUCCAGCUGCUCCCUGUGCACUUCCUGUAGCGCUCUGGUUUAUGAUGAGGAGAUCAUGUCCGGAUGGAGCGCAGAUGACUCCAACCUCAACUCCAUCUGUCCCUUCUGCUCCUGCCCCUUCCUCCCACUGCUCAAUGUCGAGAUCCGAGACUUCAGGGGCCCUGGGAGGCUCUUCCUGAGGACCAGUGCAGAGGACCCCAGCAGCCCCUCGUACUCCGCCUGCAGUGCAGUGAACUCAGGCACGACGUCUCAGUCCAUCCCGUAUCGCUCUGCAGCUCUGUCCUGCAGCUCCCCAGACCUCUCCUCCACUCCUGUCCCUACAAAGGCUCUACCCAGAGCUGGAGUGUCUCCAAACAUCGCUGUUCCCUUAGAGAGACACCAGAGGACACCGUCUCCCGGUCAGAAUUUAGCCCGAAGUGUGAGCGACUACAGUGACAUCAGGGAGACAAGGGUCCUCCCCCAUGAACCCCACGACUUCCCCCUCUCCGAGAGCCUGCCCUGCCACCUCAGCCACGCCCCGGAUGCUGUGGACUGGUCCCUGCACCGCCCUGAACCAGUGACUGUGCCGUACCUCAGUCCUCUAGUUUUGUGGAAGGAGGUGGAGACUCUUCUGGAGAACGAGGGCGCAUCGUGCCUGAGUGAGCCGGCGCUGGUCGACCUUCACCCCAUCCUAUUCUGGAACCUGCUGUGGUUCUUCAGACGUCUGCAGCUCCCCUCACACCUGCCCGGCCUCGUGCUGAGCUCAGAGCACUGCAACAGGGACACACUGGUUCCUCGGGAGCUUAUGUCUGAGGACAGUAAACACGUCCUGGUUCAGGUCCUGUGGGACAAUCUCAAAUUGCACCAGGACCCUCUGCAGCCGCUCUACCUGCUCUGGAACAACUACAACUUGGGGUACCCGAGUACACGGCCAGUCCCAGAGCAGCAGAGGUCCUUCAGUGAGGAUGUUCUGAGAGGAAUCAUCCGGAACAUCCAGAAAAAUGACCUCAACAGACCCAUAAACCAACUCCUGCAUCUGCUCGGGCUGACUAUGGGAGUCCACAGGCAGAGGAGUGUGUACCGAGACCUCUUGUUCCUGUCUCUUGUGGCUCUGGGCAGAGAAAACAUCGAUAUUGACGCGUUUGAUCGGGAGUACAGAUUGGCCUAUGAUCGCCUAAGCCCCGCCUCCCUCAAACUGACUCAGAGCUGCGACAGACCGCCCCCUGCUGGAGUCGUGGAGUGUAGGCGGCGCUUCGGAGAGCCCUACCUAUAACCACCACGCCUACAUCCUUGCUCCUACACUGCAAAAACAUCUUCAGAAAUCAAAUUACAGGAAUUCAGAGGAUUCUUUUUUUAUUGGACACCACCCACCCCCUGGUUCUGGAAGUAGAUUUCUCAUUCAUUUUUCCCAUAGACUUUGACCACAAUACCUAUAUUUUAAUUUAAAGAGGGGGUAUUACACUUUUGUUAAAUACUAACACAUAAUACGUUCUGAUCACAAUGUUACCUUUUAUUGCUUUGAAAAUGCUGUAUUUACUGAAAACAACGUAUUGCUCCCCCUUCAGAGUGACAUCACAACACAAUCAGUGCUCAUCCCGCCCAUCAGGUUUGUCAAGUGGAUUGUUUUGUAUCGUGCUUUUGUAUAUUUAUGGAAAAUUGUUGUGCAGGAGCAUGGGUGAUGUGGGCUCGUACUGCUAACCACAACGGUUCAAAUAGCACCCGGGAGAGGUCGCUAGAUUACAAACAUGCAUGAGUGACAUCUAAAACUUCUUCAGGAAUGUUUUUGAUGAGGAAACAUUGUUACAACAUGGAAGAAGGCUCUAAGAAGUCAGGGUUUGCAUAAUACCCCCUCUUUAAAUCUGUUUCUGAAACUGUAAAUCGCUAAGUUAUUAAAACAUUUUCAGAAUCUUGCAUUUAAAUGUGUUUUUUGGACUUAAAACAAUGUUAUGGGCAUUAGUUAGCACAUAGCUGGUUUGCCUUUGUCAUGUCUAUAUUUGAAUUUUUCCAAAAGUCUAUGGGAAAAAUGAAUGGGAAGAUUACUUCUGAACCAGAGCGGACUUUGAAGUGUGCGGGACUGUUGAGCUCCAGUGUUACUUAGUUUUAAAUGCCUACAUUACCUGACGUGUCCUCAAGUAAGACACUUUGGGACUUGCCUGGUGGUGGUGUGACUGUGAUGCGUUUGUUUGAGAGGUGAACUAAUGUUUUUGAGUAUUUUGAAGGGCACUAAAUACAGUAAAUAUGAUGCAUUCAUUAUUAUUAAAUUAACCGAAAUAAGCCAAAGCUUCUUUGUAAACUGCAGAAGGGAAUAUGGAUUAGUUCAAAUCAUUAAUCAAUAUUAAUUAACAAUAUUAAUCUUAAAGUUAGUUUCCAUGACUACUUCGGGACUAUUUAUUCACAAUUUCUUUCUUGGAUAUUCACAAUGCUCUAAAAUCAAGAUAGGCUACUGUGCUUCAAUUAAGAGAACUUAAAGGGCUUGUACCUGCACCAUAUAUUUGAGUACAGAUAUAUUGUAUAAGCAGCUCUUGAGGUCAAAAUAAAUCUGCUGUGUACUGUCUGUAUCUAAUUAUAAAGCAUUUUAUUAUCAGGGAAUCAGGGAGUACUCUGUUAGCAUGCGACUUGCUAUUGGCAGUACCAUCAUGGCAAAACUUUGCUCUGGUCUCUCAGAGUUAUGAAAAGUGCUUAUAAACUCAUCACGGUGAAUAAUUAGGAUGCUCAGAAUGCAUAAGGUAAGUGAGGAAUAACUUUGUACCACUGCAGACUGUUUAAAAUGAACUAGUUCUGUUUUGUCACAGUAAAAGGUAGAGCACUUUUAACUUAAGAGCAUUUUUUUUUCUCCUCUCAAUAAUAAAGCUUGUAAUAACGGCAGCUUCAGAUUGGUCAAACAGUGUUUUUAGAGGCCCUUUAUACAACUGUACAGCAAGCCUGGAACAAUUAUUUAUUUAUAUAUUUAUUUUUAGAGAAUUAACUUAAAAUUUUAAAUUAAAAACAGUCCAUGACAGCUGCUACCUUUCCUUCGGGACUUCAGUUCGGAUGCCCUUCCACUCUUGGCAGAAUAAUAAAUGAGCUUUUGAUUUGCUUGAGUUGAGAAGUGUUUUUUGCAGUGUUGUUGGUGGUCUCUGGAGGACUUCACAUCUCCUCUUUAAAGUCCAAUGAAAAGACGCCAUGUUUUUUUUUCUGUGACAAUUAACGUUUAUUGGGACUGGAAUAUUUUGAGCCCGGGUUCAUGUUUUUAAAAUGUUUGUAAAAAUUUUGAUCAAAUGUCUGUAAAUAAAUAUAUAAUAAUC